AUACAGCAGUAUCGAAAAGAAAUGAAUAUGACUUUGGAAGGAAAAAACAUUCCUAAACCAAUCACUUCAUUCCAAGAAGCUAAUUUUCCAGAUUAUAUUAUGAGUGUCAUCGAAAAACAGAAUUAUGAAACUCCAACAGCAAUUCAAGCACAGGGAUGGUCUAUUGCACUUAGUGGAAGGGAUUUAAUAGGAGUUUCUCAAACUGGAUCCGGGAAAACUUUAGCUUAUCUGCUACCUGCUAUUGUGCACAUUAAAAAUCAGAAACAUGCUAAAUUAGAUGACGGACCAACUGUAUUGGUGUUGGGACCAACUCGUGAAUUAGUACAACAGAUUUCUCAGGUUGCGUAUCCAUUUUUACCUGUUUCCAGACUUCGCAGUGCGUGCGUUUUUGGUGGUGCUGGAAGAGGACCUCAACUUCGUGAUUUAGAAAAUGGUGUUGAUAUUUGUAUUGCUACUCCAGGACGUUUGUUAGAUUUCCUCGAAUUGAGUCAGGUUAAUUUGGCACAGGUUACUUAUCUGGUUUUAGAUGAAGCAGACAGAAUGCUAGAUAUGGGUUUUGAGCCACAAAUACGAAAAAUCAUUGAACAAAUAAGACCAGAUCGUCAAACAUUAAUGUGGAGUGCGACGUGGCCGACGGAAGUUCGGAUGCUAGCUGAAGACUUUUUAACAGAUUACAUUCAGAUAAACAUAGGCUCGCUUCAGUUAUCGGCCAAUCAUAAUAUUUUACAAGUAGUAGAAGUCUGUGAUGAAAGAGAAAAACACGGCAAGUUAAUACAACUCUUAAAAAAACUUACAAAAGAAAAAGAACAUAAGACAUUAGUCUUUGUUCAAACUAAAAGAGGAGUAGAUAAAUUAACUAACAGCCUAAGAAGAUUUGGGCUUUUCGCCGUUUCUACUCAUGGCGAUAAAACACAGAGACAGAGAGAUUUUGCAUUACAAGAUUUUAGAACAGGAAGAGCAACUAUUCUCAUAGCUACGGACGUUGCUGCAAGAGGAUUAGAUGUGAACGACAUCAAAUACGUCAUAAAUUAUGAUUAUCCAAAUUGUUCCGAAGAUUACGUUCAUAGAAUUGGCCGUACAGGUCGCCACGACAGGCAAGGCACAGCUUAUACCUUUUUCACUUACGAGAAUGCAAAUCAAGCAAGAGAUCUGAUAGCGGUGUUACGUGAAGCAAACCAGGAAAUCAAUCCAGAUUUAUUAGACAUGUCAAAGAUGUACAAAAAUUCAAAAAUUUCCAAAGGAAAAUUAACAGGAAGGUAUCAAAGAUGGCAGCCUCGCAGCACUUUAUUUAAUGAUUUGGAAGCUGUGUAACAUUUAAAAAAUUUAAUGAAAAUAGUUGUUAAUAUGAUUAUUAAAUAUUUAUUUACAUCUU